GUUGUUUCCGUGUGUUUAUAAUGCCGGUUUAAAAUUAUUUAUAUUUCCCCGUUCCCAUAGCAACGACGUUCUCCCGGUUUUUGACGCUUGGAAUUGUGAACGGUUGAAAAGGCGGAAGUGUCGGAUUGGGACGCGACCCUGAGUGAACUCCGCCCCACAGCGCCCUCUGGCGGUUACCACGGCAACAGCCGAGGCGGAAGUGAACCUGCUCGAUCGAUACACGUGAAAAUGCAGAAGAUCUGAAGAACAAACUCAGAGUCCGAGAGAGAAGAGAGUGAGAGAGAGAGAAGGAGAGAGAGAGGAAGAGAGAAGGGGAGAGAGAGAGAGUGAAGGAGAGAAGGAGAGAGAGAGAAGAGAGUGAGAGUGAAGAUGUUCGGCUCUUCGAGGUCAGGAGGAGUGAGAGGGGGACAGGACCAGUUCAACUGGGACGAUGUGAAAGUGGACAAACACAGGGAGAACUAUCUGGGGAACUCCCUGAUGGCUCCAGUGGGACGCUGGCAGAAGGGAAAGGACCUGACAUGGUUUAAUAAAGAUAAACAGAGCUCAGGGACGCAGGACAGACAGCAGGAGCUCCGAGCGGUGAGAGAGGCGGAGCACAACGCCAUGAUGGUUGCACUGGGUCAUAAAACUGUGCAGAAGCGUCCAGCCGGUCUAACGAAGGAGGAUUUGGUGGACGUGUGUAGAAGGGAGGGAGACGGGGAAGAACGAGACGUGGACCGAGUCUCCGGGUUGGGAAGCUCCAGUGGUGGAGGUCGGAGGAUGAUUUUGUCCAAGCAGGAGAAGGAAGCUGUGAAGAUGGGUCUCCCGGUGUUUACUCAUCAUAAGGUGGCCGGAGGUGAAGCCACAGCUGCCAAGAAACCUGAAGACACGUGGAUAGAAGAAGAGACUAAAAGUGACAGAACUGACAGCCACAAGAAAAAUAAAAAGGAGAAGAAGAGCAAAAAGGAGAAAAAGAAGAAGAAAGAGAAGAAGCGCUGCAGGAAAGAGUCGUCUUCUGACUCCGAGUCCGACUCGGACUCUGACCGUAAAAGACGUAAGCAGCACUACAAGGACCAGCGACGUGACUCCAGCCCAUCACGUGGCACUCAGAGAGAAUACGAUGCUCAUGACAGGCGUUCAGAUCGGGGGUCAAAGGCCAGGCAUCGAAACCCGUCCCCUUCAUCCAGGGACCGCCCACCCCGGCAUCGCCAUGACACCGAGUCAGACGACUGAUGUCCAAGUGAAACAGCGGAUCCUCAGAUUAAUCAGCUUAUUAACACACAGAGUAUUAGGAUCAAGUGUGUGUUCAUUACACUGAGAGUGUAUCAGGGAUUACUACACCUGUAACGUGUGUGUGGUUCAUCCAUCCAUUAUCUGUAGCCUUUUAUCCUGUAGGGUCACAGGCGGGCUGGAGCCUAUCCCAGCUGACUAUGGACAAGUCGCCGGGUCAUUACAGGGCUGUGAGCUUUAUUUUGUAUACAAUUUAUUUUCUGUACCGGAGUGAAAUUUUAUCUUUUUAAUUAAGGAGAACCUUUUGUUUCUUAUAAAUGUUGUUCUAAGGUUGUUAGUACACACACGGCCACUGGAAUGUUUGUGAAAGCCUACAUGAAUAAACUGCAGUUGGGUUUUUUGGU